AAUCAGAUGUCAUCUGCUUCAGCUUAUUUUUAUCAGCUGCUCUUUGAUGCAGUUACAUGAAAAAUAAAAUACCGGCCAACGAUUUAAUCUAGUCUAUUUAUAUCAAUCACGUCGAUUCCUCUAAACCCAGAGAGGCGAAUAUAAAAUCUGUUUACUGUUACUAAAGUGUUACUUACGUUACAUAAUUUGUAAUACCAAAAUGACAAAUUUGAAAGUUUUAAUCGGUGGGGGCACCGGCUUCAUAGGUAGACGUUUGGGCGAUCUGAUUAAAAGACACGGUUACGAUGUGACAAACGUUUCUCGAAUGCCGGGCAGAAACAAUGUAUGCUGGGCGGAUAUAGCGAUGAGAGGUUUGCCUGAGAGCACGCAUGCUGUGGUCAACCUAGCGGGGCAACAGUUAAUGGACUUUACGAAGGCCUGGACGCCUGGGUUUAAACAAAAUAUACAGAAUUCUCGAGUUUUUACUACUAAGUCACUAGUAGAAGCCAUAAACAAAGCAGAGGUUAAACCUAAGGUAUUGGUUGUGGUAACCGGAGUUGGUGCAUACGAGCCUUCAGAACAUAAUGUAUAUGAUGAAAGCAGCAUGGUCACUGGCUCUGACUUCUUUUCUAAAUUAACUAUUGACUGGGAAGGAGCUGCCAGCCAAGUAGACCCAUCAGUAAGACUUGUUAUAAUAAGAUCCGGUGUAGUGAUUGGCCGUGAAGGUGGAAUGAUAAAGAACAUGAUCCUGCCAUUUUUCUUAGGCCUAGGUGGGCGAAUUGGCUCCGGCAAGCAGUUCUUGCCUUGGAUACAUGUGGACGAUCUCACAGGAAUAAUCAAAUUUGCAAUAGAAAAUGAAAAAGUUGAUGGAAUACUAAAUGGUGUAUCUCCUCACAUUGUUACUAAUCAGGAUUUUACAGCGUCUUUUGCCAAAGCUCUAAACCGGCCAGCAUUCUUUCCUGUACCAGAAAAAAUUCUAAAUGUUCUGCUCAACCCCGAGAGAGCCAUGCUGCUGACCAAAGGGCAGCAUGUCACACCCAAAAGAGUCCUGGAACUCGGAUACGAGUACAAGUACCAGAAUCUGGAUGACGCGUGCAAGGAGGUCGCACAUCUGUUUCCUAAGAAGAGUCUUUAGAGUCCUAAGGGAACAAAGCGCCUGAAAAUUGAGAAGACUUGAAAUCUCAAAUAUAUCAAUGACCAGCAUACUGUCUGUUGCCGGAAAUUAUAUAUCUACUCAGAUAAACCCUGAACAACCAUGAUGCCAGAUAAGGGACAAUACACAGGAUCUUCUAUGACUACCUAAAAUAAUGAAAGUGUGAUUUGGAUACUCAUAUACAGUAACACCAAGAUUGCAUCUUCAAGUAAGAAUGUUAUGUAAUUUAUUAUUAUAGUACAUAACAAGUUUAGGGAAGAAGCGACAGUAUCUCACUCGCGAGGUUGACUAGACCCUUUAGCACAACUUGCCCUGUCGCGCGCGAGUCC